GGGGUUUGGAUAGAUAGAUAUAUGAGAGAGCUAUAUAGAAAGAGACUAGUUUCUCAUUCCCACCUCCUUGUAUCUUCUUCUUCUUCCUUAUCUACCUCUCUUUCUUCAUCUUCUUCGGUUUUCAGAGCUCCAUGGGGAACUGUCAGGCCAUUGAUGCUGCGGCUCUGGUGAUACAGCACCCGAGUGGGAAGAUAGAGAGGCUGUACUGGCCUAUUAGCGCCAGCGAGGUCAUGAGGUUGAACCCUGGUCAUUAUGUUUCUUUGAUUAUCCCAUUGCCGGCUUCGGAAUCGGGUUCUGAUCAUCAUCAUCAUAACCAAGAGGAGGAGAUUCGGGAGCACAAGAGUAGUGGUGGUGGUGGUCCGGUGCGUUUCACAAGGGUGAAGCUUCUUCGGCCUAAUGAGACUCUUGCUCUUGGCCAUGCCUAUCGCUUGGUCACUACACAAGAGGUUAUGAAGGUGUUGAGGGCAAAGAAGUACGCGAAGACGAAGAAGCUGCAGGUGGAAUCACUACUUGAGAGAACAUCACAGACGGCAGUACCAGAGAAACAGAGUUCGAGUUGUGAGGCAGAGAACAAGGAAAAUAUCAACCAUGCCACAAAUCAUGAAAGGCGCCGACCGAGGACGGCAUCAGGGAAUGCUGCUGGUGCUGCAAUGAGGUCGAAAUCUUGGCGGCCUUCAUUGCAGAGCAUUUCUGAAGCUGGGAGCUGAAGAUCAAAGUGAUGCCGAACUAGAAUAUGGAAAAUGCAUAGUAGUUGAUGAUUAGAGUACUCCUGGAGUGUGGAAUAUUAGAUUCACCCAAAGCUCAUGGAUUUGGGUACCAAAGCUCAUGGAUUUGGGUACCAAAGCUUUCUGAUCCAAUGUCAACCACAGACCAUAAACCAUUCAACCCAUGUUCCAAAGUAAUAAGAAAAUCUGUAUAGAGCAACACACAAAUCACUGAAUCUGACAUUGUAUUAGAA